GCUCCUCUCUUCUCCAGGCCUGCGAUCUGAGGAGAUGGCUUUCCUCCUGCAGCAGAUGCUCGGGGACAAACUGAAGAACAUGACCGGAGGAAGCAACGACGGAGAAGAGAACGAGGCGGGGAAAGAGACGGCGGCGUCCAAAGGGAUGAGCCGAGAAGAGUUCGAGGAGUACCAGAAACAGCUCAUCGAGGAGAAGAUCGCCAGGGACAAGGAGUUUGCCACAAAGAAAGCCGAGCGAGCAAACCUUCGAGUGCAGCUGAGGGACAAAUACAGAAUACCUCAGAGCGCUCAAGACGAUGCCACGGUUCAGAUGGCCGGAGACGACCUGGACGUUCCCGAGGAGCUGGCCAAGAUGGUGGAGGAAGACGAGGAGCAGGAGGAGAUGAACGACUCUUUUCUGGGAAAGCUCCAGAACAUGGACGUGGACUUUGAUUCGAUCAAAGCCAAAGCUCAGAGCACCAUGACGGAGGUGAAGCAGGCGGCGGAAGACAAAUGCGUCGCGAUGUGAACGCGUCACGAACGAUAAAGAAGUAUUCCUCCCUAAUGAAAACUCAGUCCUCGUUUAACGAACCUGUGCGGGUUUAGCGUCACGCGGUUUAGUGGGUGACCCAGAGGCGAGUGAACAACGACUGAAUUUUCAUUUUCGAGCGUACUGGCCCUUUAAGAGGUUAAUAGCGCAAUAGGCUAUCAGGGAUCAGGCUUCAGCCAAGUAGGACAUUCUGGAUCAACACUGCAAUCAGACGUAGUCCAAACUCACACCAGAGGGAAAUAAGACAACAGAUAUGAAAUAACUCUAACUGAACCGGACGAACCAUUUAAAACGAAGCGAGGCUUUAAGAUCUGAUUCAUUAGGCGUCUUAAAAAUAAUGUUUAUUAAAAACGUUAAAAUGAAUGAUAGUGUGAACAAGCUAUUUUUUAUUAUAUAAUUAUGACAUAAAAUUCGUUUUCUUUCCACGUCACAGGGAUGA